CGACUCAUUCCGACGAAUCGUGGAAUCGAUACCGUCCAAGGCUCCGCGUUUGGCGGCCGUGUUGGCGCUCCUCUGAGGGGUCCUUUUCAAUCGGGGUUAUUUUUUAAAAUUUAUUUUUAUUAUUUACACCAAACUAACUCGGUGAGCUUCGUCAACAACGUCGAACGUACGGCACCUCUCUCCAUUUCUCUUCACGAUAGCCGUUUGUUAAAGUAGGGCGGGCGGGCGUGGGGGGGGAGGCUGAGGAAUAAGCAAGGCAUGGCUGCGCUGGAUAAGCCUCAGAUCAUAAUUCACGUGCAGAAGAGUCUGAAUUUCACCCUCUUCGACUGCAGAUGGGUGCCGUGCAGUGCGCGCCUCGUGUGCCUGGGCAGCACGGCGAGGGGCACGGGCGCCCUGCAGGUGUACGAGGUGACGCAGGGGCAACUCAACCUCGUCACGGAGACGGAGAAGGCGAAGCCGUUGAAGUGCGCGACGUUCGGGGCCGCGAGCCUUCAGCAGAGGCACCUGGCCACGGGCGAUUUCGACGGCAACAUGAGCAUAUGGAACCUGGAGGCGACGUCGCUGCCUGUGUACACGGUGAAGGGACACACGGAGAUCAUUAACUGCAUCGACGGGGUGGGAGGGCUCGGCGUUGGCGAAGGGGCGCCUGAAAUCGUCACCGGCAGCAGGGAUGGCACGGUGAAGGUGUGGGACCCGCGACAGAAGGACGUCCCUGUCGCAAACAUGGAGCCCGUGGAGGGAGAGAACAAGAGAGAUUGCUGGACGGUGGCGUUCGGGCACGCGCACACCCAGGCGGAGCGCUGUGUGUGCGCCGGCUACGACAACGGAGACAUCAAGCUCUUCGACCUGAGGACCAUGUCCACUCGCUGGGAGACCAACAUCAAGAACGGGGUGUGCAGUGUGGAGUUUGACCGCAGGGACAUCUCCAUGAACAAGUUGGUGGCGACUACGCUGGAGGGAAAGUUCCACGUGUUUGAUAUGAGGACCCAGCACCCCAAGCGAGGCUUUGCGUCACUCACAGAGAAGGCCCACAAGUCGACCGUGUGGCUCGUGCGGCACCUACCGCAGAACAGGGACAUCUUCAUGACGACAGGCGGCUCGGGCAACCUCAACCUGUGGAAGUACGAGUACCCGGCCCAGCGGAGCCGCAAGGAUGAUGACGGGCACGAGGCCGGCGUGACGGGCAGCGUGUCGCUGCUGCAGAACAUGACGGUGGCAUCGCAGCCCGUGGCCGGCUUGGACUGGAGCCCUGACAAGCAGGGCUUGUGCGCGUGCACGGCCUUCGACCAGACACUGCGUGUGCUUAUCGUCACCAAGCUCGGCCGCAUGUGAUGCUCCCCCCACAACCGUGUGUGUACACGCACUCACGCGUACACGCACGUAGAAUGUGUGCGUACGUGCCCAUUGCCACCAAGUUUUUUACUGCAUGGGAUGUUAUGGAGAGUGCUGGCACAGUUGUUAGCGCGCCGUGUUGCGAACCCAGCGACCAACGUUCAAUUUCUGCUCUUGGCCAACAUCGGUGACGAUCGUCGUGCUGGGCCUUCUACCUAGGUCAACUCAACCUAAAAUGAGUACCUGGUGCGGUGUGUAAACAUCGCCACUGGCGGCCUGUCAGGCGUGGUGCUGGCCAUCCACCCCCUCGUGUGCCGUGCCGGCCUUGAUAGGUGCUCGUUAACAGCACUUGCCCCAACAGUUUGUUCGAAGGCCAUAUGGGGGAUCUGUACACGCGUGUGCAACUUAUCUUCGCUAAGUUGCACGCGAUAGCCCUGUGUGCAUGUACCCGCGUGUACGACGAUUAACGAGGUCGCAGUGUGGGAGGUGGUGGAGGAAACGGUGGAAUUUUAUCUCGAUGCAAAUUCGACAAUCAAGUCGGGCGACUGCUUUCUUUACCGCUCCUUGUUUUCAGGCAGUGGCACACACACCAGGCAGGUACACUUGGGGCGAUCGUUGUUGGCAGUUUUCACCGGCAGUUUGUUUUCUUUUGUUUCAUAGAUGGAUCACUAUGACUGUCGCUACAAUACCCAUUUGCUCUGAGUAAAUGCGGAUCAGGCCACAAUUAUUGCCCGCAACAAUUUCCAUAAAAUUUGCCCGAGUGCGUCGUGGAAUUUGGUGCGGCCAGCGUAUUGUCAACUCCAGGAUUUCUUGAUCAGCUGGAGAGAACUUAUUUAUAGUCUUGAGACUAAGCUACUGUUGGGCCACUGGUUAUAUUUAUAGUUUUUGAGUGGUCAUUUUCAGUGUUUGAAUAGCUUUGUCGUUAUCAUUUCGAGUGUCAUAGUUUUUUUGUCUUGUUUGAAAGGAGAUCAACACUCAGAAAGAAAAGCGUCUUGCCAAGCUGGAGCUGAGAUCGAUUGUAAGAGGGGUAAAUGGAUCACUCACAGCGCAGUUCGAUGAAUCGUCACCAUUCAGGAUUGCGGUUUCGUUUUAAUAUUUUUUUUUAACAUUGCGGCGGAUGCAGUGGUCACUAGUGGCUGCCGAGUUCAUACGAACCCAAGACAUCCGAAUUGACACGACUCGACCGCGCAUCAAUUACAACGCGUGAGAUUUCACCUGAGCCUCGGAAGCAAUAUCGAUUACGAAUCCAGUGCGCUGUUUGAGCUCUAGCAGUUUGACUCAUUGCGAUGUCUUGUAUCGCCAACGGUUAUGGAUAUGGUUUAACAUUGCUGUACUUCCGAUGAGCACGGUUUGGUUACGUACGGUGCGAAAGAAGUUCAACAUACGUGCUUGGCCAACGCUUUUUAGCAAUGCUCACCCACCCACCCGUUCAACUGCUCAGUGACAUACACGCAUACAACACGUGGCUUUGUUUUCGAUUGGUCUGUUACGUUACGUAACGUAACUUGUGACGAUCCGGUGGUGCGCGGUGAUGUAAAUAAACUUUUGUGGCUUCA